CCGGUUACUUUUCAAAACUUUCAACGGCUGUCGAUAUCCCGUAUAGAAACAAAAAUAGAUCAUAACAAUGAUAGAUGAACUCUUUUGUAUUCUUGUUUACCAUCAUCAUCGCAAUGCUAAACAGAAACGAAAUAAGACCAAAGUUGAAAAGACGGGUGGAUAAAUUCGGCAAUCAAGUGAUUGAUGUGACCUUUGAUCAAAGCAGCGUUUCGGCUGAAGUGCCUCACGUACUUCAAAUAAGAUUAUAUCGAAUCAUUCACAAUCAAGGUCAUCAAGUUGAUGCUUGGGGACAUUCUUCAGGACCGGUGACUACUUCUAUAAAACGAUUUGCUUUGGUUCAAGAAGAUUUGGCAUUAUCCACAAUGACUUCGACAAACGAUAUGAACGAGCUUGCCACCAAUGAAUUCCUUACGAUAAACUCUCGAAGCUCCACAGAUCAAAAUAGAAAGCUUUCAAUCGUAUUGACCAACAAAUACACAGAAGUACCUUAUGAGCAGGUCGCAUUUGAUACGAUGAGCAGACACGUAUACAUCGUCGGCAGUACCGAUUCGAUCCAUGUGCAAAUAGUCAAAGAGCAAACGAAGCCCACCAGCAAAGGAGACAGGCUGAAACGAAUGGCCAACCGAACACUUGACAGUUGCAAAUCAUACCUUACCCAAGAAUCGAAAGGAUCAUCAUUGAUCUUACAGAAACGCACAUUCAGACGGGAUAUCACAAAGAAUACUUGGAGCGAAAAAGGAAGGUCGAUCUCAUCUUCAGCUCAGGGCGAAAGUGAAGAUUCAUUCGUGUCAACUUUGUCGGAUUGUCCUCCACCACCUUACCUUGCUUGAAAAGGCGGAACCGAUAAUAUGUUGAUGACAGUAAUGAUGUAUAAUAAUGACGAAGCCCAGCGCGCUCUUUAAUUGUGAAUCUUUUUUUUU